GUUCACGUAAAAGUAGAACAUUCAAACUUCAUGUCGCAGAUAACAAGUUUCACUGAGCCCGUUUUGCCGCUUCUUCGUCUCCGUCCCCCUAAGUCGGGUAAGCAAGCCCUGGAGAUAUCCUCAUCAAGUCCGGUGUCACUUGGUGAUUGGGUGAAAUAGGUACCCGGUGCCUGCAUGUUAUCGUAUAUUAUAAAACGUGUGGAUUCUCAAUGCUGAGAACAACUAAGCAGCCUUUCUUUUACCAAGACUACCAGGAGGGAGGCAAUGAUUAUAACACCCAAAGUUGAGUGUGUCGCUAUGACGCAAGACCUUGCGAGACUGCCAGGGAAGACAAAGCGACUAUUGUACCACAUCGUGGACACACAGACGCUGCGCCUCAACCAGGCACUAGUGACAUAUGGCGUGUCGUAUAUCUCGUUUAUUCCGAACGAGCUCCUCGAGAUGAUAUUUGUAGAGACAGUCAAAGCAACUAGAGCAGAUGAAGAGUCCUCUUCUUCAUGCGUCCCCACCAGUCUACGCCUCCGCCCCAGGCCUGAGCUUCUGCUUGCGAGUGUUUCACAGCAUUGGAGAGCUGUGGCGCUCGGGAUGCCGUUGCUUUGGACAGAGAUUCGACUUUUCCUCCGGCAGAAUGUAGAUCUCGUCAAUCUUUACUUGACUCGCUCGCAAGGACAGCUACUUGACAUGCGAUUCACUGGCAUUCACAGUCAGGGCUUGCCUGAGUCUGACCCAGAUUACUUGCGCAUAUCCUGCAUUAUUCUUUCUCACAUUCAUGUCUGUCGCCGCUUGGAAGUUCACGGGGCUUUCCCAUUCCCAAAACUUCUAGAUGGGUUCAAGCGCAUAAGAGCGCCAAUGCUAGAAGAGCUUAUCGUGCACUAUCCGCUUGACAUCCCACAUCUCUUGUUCACCGAAGACUUGUUAUUGUCUGCAGACCGCCUUACGGCGCUCACCUUAAAUGGCUUGUGGGUUUCCGGUCUUUCCCCUGAGAAUUUCAGCAACCUGCUCUCUCAUCUCACUUCACUGACUCAUCUCACGUUGAUCGGUGAACCAGUGGAUUAUGUUCGCAGCAGGGAUAUCCCAGUCGUCGAAUUGCCUUUCCUCCAGACAAUGAUCCUCAAACCCGGACCGAAUAUUUCCAGGACGUACAUGCCUACCAUCUUCCGGGCAAUACGUGCCCCCGCGCUACGCGAGCUGGUAUUGGACUUCCACACUGCGACCUCAUCACGUGAUCUCCAGUCGCUCGUGGACAAGCUGAACCGUGGAGCACCGCCCUUCCCCUCUGUACGCCUUCUCACAUUGUGUAGCAGGUCCAUGACAUACGACGGAUGGCAUGCCCUUGCCCACGCAUUCUCAGGCAUAACGACACUCUCAGUCUCCAAGUGUAUCGUGAACCAGUUGAUGGGCUUCCUGUCAUGUGCGGGGAGACGAGAUGCAUUUCCGAAUUUACGGACACUUUUGUUUGAUGAUAUGCAGUUCGAGUGGUCGUUGUUACUCCAACUAUUGCAGAUCAGGGAGGCGGCGGGGAUGCCUGUUCGCGAGGUCAAGAUGAGGGGCUUUAGGAAACAUGCGCAGUCUGAACUAGUUGGGAAGUUGGUGGCUUCUCUUGCUACGUACACUCCCGUUGUGAUAGGUUGGACUUGAUUGCGACAUGUAUAGGGCCUAAAUACGGGAUUUGUCCAAAUGGUGUGCCGUGAACGUUUUCGGCUGACGAAAUUACCUACCUUUCUGUGGAAGUUGCUCAUUUAUUUGUAACUCUCGCUGCCGUAGACGGUGCGCAUCAAUGUUUAGGAAGUCAGUAUUCAAGGUGGUGCCUUCUAGGGCUUUGUUUCGUCCCCAGCGCAGGUUUUCCAUUUCACUUCCCGUCAAGAGAAUCGCUGCGACUAAUCCGAUCAAGGCACUCGAGGACCGUGACGCCAAGUCCUGGUCUUCA